AUGCGACUGAUCUCUCUCUCUCUCUUUCUCGCGAAUGCUUGUCACUUUCCACCUCCACUUCCACCUCCUCUAAGGAUACAUCCUGUGCUGCCGCUACCGCCGACGCCGCUCUGCCCUCUGCCCCGUCCGCCUUGUCUUUCUUGGCUCUCGACGUACAUGGUAGAGCUUCAUCUGCUACCCUUGCUCGGCUUCAAACAGCUUCCUGAUCUCCUCGACCGCGGCACCUUGCCUGGCCCUACGUCGGCAUCCCGCCUUGAGCCCUGGGUCCGAUCUGCCCUGUCUAUUGUCUUAACCCAGGCCUGUCUGUACUAUCCUGGUUCUCUGAGCUCGAGGCACCUCCAUCUUGUUCUCGGCUGCCGUGGGCGCGCGCGCGCUCUCUCACCUCACUCCUCCCCUGAUUGCACUGCAAAAAGAGUACAUGGACAUAUUAUUUCAUCCAGUCUCCCGAUCUUCACGCGCAAUUACCAGUUUUACCGUCGGGCACCGACAUUCAUAUAA